AUGGGGCUGUCCUCCUUUGCUGUGCUGGAGAAGGCGCGCGAGCAGCUCCAGUUGCAAGGGGCGAGGGGGAUCGAGGGCAUAUCCCGUGCCUACCGGCUGUGUGAUGGGUCGGGUUACAUAGCCUAUGAUGCAUUCCAGGAUGCCGCCCGUUUUAUGGGCCUUGACCUACAAAACGAGGAGAUCAAUUCUCUGUGGGAGAAGUACGGCAGUGACCAGGGCAUGAACUUCGUGGCGUUCCUCGAGGGCAUCAGAGGAAAGCUGAGCGAUAAAAGGAUGGAACUGGUGGAGGCCGCCUUCAACACGCUCGACGCCGAUCGGCAGGGGUACCUCAGCGUGGACGCCAUCAAAGCUGCUUACGACUCCAGGUGUCACCCUGCGGUCAUGGAGAAGAAGCUGACGGAGGAUGAGGCUCUCGUCGGCUUCUUGGCGACGUCAUUUGCGUCGUUGGACAGCGUCAGCUUGUUGGACUUCAUCGAGUACUACUCGCUGCUCAGCUUCGGCAUCAAGAGCGACGACUACUUCGAGCUGCUCAUCAUGAAGGCCUGGAACGUCAGCCCCGACGGCUUUGACGUCAGCAGCGUCGAGAUCAAGGUCAAGCUGGUGGUGUACAAGAACCGCAUCCGGCUGCGCGAGUUCUUCGUGGACUACGACAAGCUGCGCACGGGGUACGUCACCGAGGGCCAGUUCAUGAGCGGCCUCACGAGCGCCGGGCUCAAGCUGAGUGCCCGGGAGAUGAAGGCGCUCGCGGACAAGUACAAGGACCCGGAAAACCCGCAGCAGAAGGUGCACUACAGGGCGUUCUGCGACGAGAUGGACCGGGUGUUCACCGAGAAGGAGCUCGAAAAGACCCCCCUCAAAGAGGUCCCGGCCACUCCGGGGAUCCCCGGGCUGCUGCCGGAUAGAUACUCGCACGGCGUCCGAUACCUGGGCAUCGAGAAGGAGCAGCGGCUGGAGCAGCUGAUGCGGAAGCUGCGGCAAAUGUGCGAGAACAAGCGCAUCCUCGUCAAGCCGUUCUUCGACGACGCCGCCCGCAAUCGCAACAGCACAAAGCGCGUGGGCCACGUGACGGGCAACCAGUUCAAGCAGGCGCUCAACAGCAAGAUCAACCUGCGGCUGCGCGAGGAUGAGCUGGACCUGCUGCUGGAGAAGUACGAUGAUAACAUGGACGGCAUGGUUAACUACGUCGCGUUCGCUGCGGAAGUGGACCCCCCUGCGGGCGGCGCCACAAACUAG